AUGGAGCACCAAGAUCUCAGUCAGCAACUGAUUCCUCAAUCUCCAAUUAACAUGUCUUCUUCCAUGGCUUUCAAUACACUUGGCCUCUGGAACUACGACAGCAUUAUCGAUAUUUCCUCUAUGACGACUACCGAUGAUUCAGUCUCCUUCGAUACCAUCGACAGCUUUAUAAAUGGUAGCACGAAUUACCUCUCCGUGGACUCAUUUGAAAUCGCAUCGGCCAUCAACGGGUUCACCAUGCCAGCCAAAGAUACCGUUUCCAUGUCAUCGACAUUUGACAGCGACAGUCAAUCAUGGUCCAUUCGCCAGUCCAUCAUGACCCCCUCGGUUUCGGAAAAGCAAUCCAAACAAACAACCCGUAGCUCAACCUCAACCCAGAACUCCUCAAGACGCUGGCGUUUAAGUCCCGAAAUCCGUCCUCAAGAAUAUAUCGCUCCCCGCGAAGAAUCCACAUCCUCUUGCGAAACGCGCAGCCUAUCCCAAGACUCUCAUCAAUCCAAUACGGGCCAGGACCCCCAAAUGCGUAUUGCCGCCAAACGCGCGGCCCAUAACAUUACCGAGAAGCGAUACCGCACCAAAAUCAACACCAAGUUCCUCUCCUUGGAGAAAGCCAUCUCCCCUGCUGGUAUUCACAAGAAGUCUUCUCGUGCUGGUACGCAGUUUUUGAAGAAAUCCGAGAUCCUGACUAAUGCUAUUGCAUACAUCGAGAGUAUUAAGCAUGAGAAUCAGGUUAUGCGUAAGGAACUUGCUAUUUUGAAGCGAAAUAUGGUUCUGAAUAGCAUGUGA